CUCUCUCUACCAUGCAUGUGUAUUAUACCCUUGUAUAAAAAAACGUCUCCAUCUAACUAGAACAGAGAAGAAGCCCUCCACAUCUUUUGGCCAGUGCUAGAGAAUGGAACACAUCUACCAAUUCCAACACUGGCUCUUCUUCAUAGUUCUUGGAAUGUUUCUGUCUCUUUCUCUGUCUGUGAAGGCCACUGAAUUGGAAGGUUCCAGUGAUGAAAGAGGCAUUGCUCUCAGUACAAGAACCUUCAUUUCCAUUUCCAAAAACCGCACCGCCCUUUCUAGAAAGCUUCUGCUCUCUCCUGACAUUGGCGACGGGACCAACAGGAUCGGACAAGAUUGCUCAAAAGACGAUAUUGUUCUCUUUCAAGGCACAACAAACCCACUUCCAAGUGGAGUUCCUGCAUACACAGUUGAGAUCUUCAACGCCUGUGUCUCGGAUUGCAAUAUCGCGGAGAUCCACGUCAGUUGUGGCUGGUUCAGCUCAGUUAGACUGGUUAACCCUAGAGUUUUCAGGCGACUCUGCUAUGAUGAUUGUCUGGUUAACGACGGUCAACCUCUUGGUCCUGGACAGACACUCUCCUUUCAGUAUGCUAACAGCUUCUCUUACCCUCUCUCUGUUUCUUCAGUCUCUUGCUUCUAAUUCUAGAUAAAUACCAAGUUUGGUAGUUUCCACUAGUUUGUAUGCAAGCAAGACUCAGCUAAUGAUAUAUUUUUUUCGAACUGUGUUUCAAUUUCAUUAAACCAAGA